CGAGCCGUGGUUCUUGGAUGCGCUGGCGGGCGCGCAAGGCGUCAUGGCCUUCUUGAGCUUCAUGAUACUGCGGCGCCUCGGCUCGCCCUACGGGCGGUACUCGUCGCCGCUGGUGCGCUGGUGGGUGCCGGCACGGCUGGCCUGGGUGCUGCAGGAGCUGCCCUCGCUGGCCGUGCCGCUGCUGGAGUGCGCCCGCGCCGCCCCCGGCCAGUUGGGCUGCCCGCCCAACGCCUGUCUGCUGGUCAUGUUCCUAGUGCACUACGCUUACCGGUCCUUGAUUUUCCCAUUUCUGAUCCGAGGUGGAAAACCCAUGCCAUUGUAUACGUGUGCGCUGGCGUUCACGUUCUGUGUCUGUAAUGGCUACCUGCAAGGCAGGUACCUGAGCCAGUACGCGGAGUAUGCUGAAGACUGGGUCACUGAUCCCCGCUUUCUGGCCGGUUUUGCCCUGUGGUUAGUGGGCAUAUUGAUAAACAUCCACUCAGAUCAUAUCCUAAGGAAUCUCAGGAAACCCGGGGAGACUGGAUACAAAAUACCAAGGGGAGGCUUGUUUGAGUACGUGACCGCGGCCAACUACUUCGGCGAGAUCGUUGAGUGGUGUGGCUACGCGCUGGCCAGCUGGUCUGCCCAAGGCGGGGCCUUUGCGCUCUUCACAUUUUGUAUUUUAUCCUCCAGAGCAGAACAGCAUCACCGGUGGUACCUUGAGAAGUUUGAAGAUUAUCCAAAGUCCAGAAAAAUUUUAUUUCCAUUUUUGUUUUAAGUACAUUGUCAAUGAAAUUAUCUUCAACUUGAAGAUUUUCAGUGAUUCUUCCCCAGGGACUAAUAUAAAUGAAUGCCUUUCUAUGUAAUUUUCCUUUGUCUUUUUCCGGGUAUGCUCUGGGGAUUUUUUCCCAAGUAAACGUAUGAGUUACCUAACCACAAACUAAUGAAACGCAAAUGCAGAUGGCUGUGUACUGGGUGAGGGGUCACAAGCUUUGGGUGAUUCCUGCUGAUGGUUUUCCUGAUUUUGAAUUUACCUCUUCAUUUUUUUUUUUUGCUAUGUGUGGCUAAGUGUUCAUGAGAGCAGAAUUCAUGAGCCAUCUUUGAUGGCCUAUGGACCAACAAAUUUCCCCACCCCUUUUACAGCCCCCUUCAGUGAUUGGUUCAAGACCAAAGGCAUCAUUGUCCCCCUCAGCCCCACAAAAAGGCAGGAUCACUGUCCCAUACCCCACUCGUCCUGAGGAGCUUGGAGAGGCCUGAGCUGUUCCUGGGUGCAGCCAUGGACCCAGGUGGCGGGGGGUGGCCUUCUUCACUGUGGGGUGCUGCAGAGGCGGAGGACUGGGGGUGGAGAAGGGAGCCCCCUGAGCCCGCCUGAGGCCUAAACAAAAGGCCUCCUGCCCCUGCACACAUUGGUGGGGGGGAAGAUUUCAUAAGGACCAUCGUCCUCUGUGAAAGGAACCCUUUGGCCCUACAGCAGGCCUUCCCUGGCUCAGCAGGACGGCAUUUGGCCACCUUCUCAGUGAACCAUGAAUAUCCUUUGGUCGUCUUCCUUUCAUCUAUGCAGAAUGGGAAUUUUCUAAUGCACUGUGUUUUUUUAAGUACCCCUCAAUAUUGCAAAAAGAUGCCUUGAAACGGGAUUUCUUGCUCUAGCGUCACUUGAAAGGCCACAGAGGUGGAUGGCAGUAAUAAAGUUUCCUGCGGGCAGCUGCCAGGGAGUUGGGGACUGUCCGUCAGGAGUCAGUCAGGAUAGCAAGGGGACCUGGAACCCUGGCUCAUACUGUGCGGUGCCUUGGAAGGGGCCCCUCCAUUCCGACUGCGACUGCACACGGGGCCUCGGAAGACAUGACGUGUGUUUCUGUGCCUCCUUUGCCGGGCCAGACAGAGAGAAGUGCAGGUGAGGACACUGUGUUUGCUCCAGGACCCGUGAUGGUGCUACAUGCAGCCACCCUCCAGACAGAGCCCCCGUGCCCUGGGUGCCUCCCCAACCAGUGGCUGCCCCCUCACCUCAGCUUUAAUAUAUAAACGAUAUCCUCCAUGUUAGUGGCUUUCACAAGAAGCCCUGGGGACUCAAUACUACUAACUGAAAGGCUGGCAUUUGGAACCCACCAGUGGCUCGGCGGGAGAGAAGACCUGGCGAUCUUCUCCCUCCCGUAAACAUUGUGUUGUUGUGCGCCGUCAAGUUGAUUUCAACUCCUAGCAAACCUAUGUGACAGAGAAAACCUUACGGGGCAGUUCUACUCUGUCCUGUAGGGUCACCGUGAGUCGGAAUCAACUCAAUAGCACACAACAAAAACUGGUUUUUAGAAUCUUCAGGGUUUUACAAUUAGCACAGAAAACAUUUUAUGUGGCUAUGUUUAACUUUUCGUAAAACUUGGUAAAAUGUUUUUGCAUAGACAUGCUGGCCCUUUUUUCUGAUCAAAUCGUUGCUUGAAUCCGUAAAGCAAUAACCUUUGGCAUCUCUUGAUCUCCUCAGGAAAACUCAGAAGUCAGAGCUGGUCUUGAUGUGUUUGGGCUGCUGUGUUCUGGAAGGCACAUUCCUCCAGGGGAGGAUGCUUGUCUUUCAGAUCCAGACAGAUUCACUCACCAUGACUGUAACUUCCAUUGGUGCCUUUUUCCGUAAAUGACCGGUUUGUACAAAAGUUGGGGUUACUUCAAAAUAAGACUUGAGGUGCUGUUACUGCUCACAUGUACAGCCUGAAUGGCUGGUUAACACGGAAAGAACUUCUGGUGUACGUUACAUCUCACUGCCACCAUGUCCUGAAAACAGUAACUUAGCAUAUUA